UUUUCUAUCAGUUUUCGAUUUUCGAGCCAUUCAGUUGCUUCGUUGGUUGUAAGGGAACAAUUUGAUUAAUUCAAGACUUGUCUAUUAUAAACAUUCCCUAGACCCUAGAGAUAUUUUAUAACUUUUUCUCACCGACACAUAAUAAUUAUAUAGAAAACAUGCCUAGUAAAGCAGUUGCAGUCCUCAAGGGAGAAGUCGUCAACGGCACUGUAUUUUUUAAUCAAGCUGAUUCCAAAAGCCCUGUAGCAGUAACAGGAGAAAUUACUGGGCUUGGAAAAGGUCUCCACGGUUUCCACAUCCACGAAUUCGGAGACAAUACAAAUGGCUGCAUUUCAGCCGGAGCUCACUUCAACCCUCUUAACAAAGUCCACGGUGCACCAGAUGCUGCUGUACGCCACGCUGGCGACCUAGGCAAUGUCGAAGCCGGAGACAAUGGUGUCGCCAAAAUUAAUAUUCAGGACAAACAAAUUUCAUUGGAAGGAGAAAACAGUAUUAUUGGACGUACUGUUGUUGUGCAUGCAGAUCCCGAUGAUUUGGGACUUGGUGGCCAUGAAUUGAGCCUAACCACUGGAAAUGCGGGUGGCAGAGUAGCUUGUGGUGUUAUUGGUUUGGCAAAGAUUUAAUUGUUUUUUAAAUAGAACUAAUAUUUAGUUUAUUCAUGUGUUGUUAAAAAAUGUUGCUUUUCAGUUUUUUUGUUAGAAUAAAAAGAUUUUGUGUCUACUUU